AAAAAUUUCAUGUUUCGUUAUCGUAUAGGUAAACUGAUUAUUUAAGCAUUGAAAUUAAUAGAUAAAGUUCGCUAACAUUUAGGUUAUUAAAAAUUGGUGAAUCAAUCGGCAAACUUGUCUUGUAAUGCGGCAUUUAAACUUUAGACUGCAUUACUGGCCUAUUUUGACAACGGUAUGGGUGAUUAUAACAUAUAUUACUUCAUACGCUUUAGCUGUAACAAAGAAAGAUGUUUCGGCAAUGUUUCCAUAUAUAAGUGAUACAGGGGCAAAGCCUGUAGAAAGCUGUAUUUUUGGUCAAAUGCUUAAUAUGGGAGCCAUGUUUAUGUUUAUUUGUAUGUUUAUUAGACACAAAUAUAUAGAGAUGAUUUUCAAAAAUGAAAAAAACUACUCGCCCAAAAUAUUGUUGAUAAAUAAGUGGUCAUUUUUAUUUGGUCUUCUCGGAUGUUUUGGAAUGACUAUUGUAGCAAACUUUCAAGAAACUGCAAAUCUUACCACUCACUUUUUUGGAGCAUCUUUAACGUUUUUAAUAGGAUCAGUACACUUUAUACUACAGACUUUUAUAUCAUGGAAGACCAACAUAUCAACAUUUACCAAAUAUAUGAGAUUAUUCAUCAGUUCUAUUGUAUUACCGCUUUUUAUAACGACUUUGACCUCAGCCAAUUUAUCGAUGAGAAAAUUUCAUGGAAAAGACAAACUGACGUGGGGUAAGAAUGAUGGGGGUUAUGAAUUGCAUUUAGUUUCUACCUUUACUGAAUGGAUAAUGGCAAUUUCUUUAAACCUUUACGUUUUAACUUAUACAAACGAAUUUAAAAACGUAAAAUAUGAUGGAGUAGGAUUCAGUGCACGUACACGUAAAAGAAGUAUAAAUAUAUAAAAAGAAUACUUAUAGGAAGGACUCCCUAUAUAAAAAUUAAUUAAUCAAGCUCGAAUAUAUGUAUGUACUGAAAACAGUAAGGGUAUUCAUUUAUUAAAAAAUUCAAUUUCGAUUCUCAUACAGUAUAAUCUAGUGAAUUUGCUAUGCACAAUUUCCUUUUACGUGUAUGUGCACGUACACGUAAAAGGAAAUUUUUUAAAUAAUAUUGUUGAGCAAAUUUAAUGUUAUGCAACAAGAAACCAACCCUUACUUUUUGCAAACUAUGAUUAUUAUUGCCUACUCUCUAGCCAGGCCUACGCGAUGGAAUAAAAUUUGGGGAGGGGAGUGUUGGUAAAAGAUAAGAGUAAAAUGAUGGUAUAAAGAUCAUAAUUGUUAGGAUUUCUAAAAAAUUUCAAAACACAACUGUUUCUCCCACUUUGGGUUCAAAUCACAAAUCCUCUCCUGUCUGUGCCCCUGCUGUUGAUGCAAUCAUGCAGCUUGGAUCCAAGCUCGAGCUAUGUUGAGAUUUAUAAAGUAGGUUUGCAGAGUUCUGUAAUAUUUUGAAUAUUUUAAAUUAUUAUAUCCGCAUUUUGUAUAGCUUAAAAAUAUUUUUAAAAGGUGGUCCUACAUGCCCCCAUUACAUUAAUACAUUUAUCUCAUUUGAUUUAUUUUUGAGGGUUGGUACCCUGUUGCAUAACCCCAUUUUUCCU